UGGAGUGAAUAUGACCUCCUUCCUCCCCGGCUAACCAGCCGUCCAGCUCCGUCUAGGCGUCUACCAAAAAUGGCGCCGCCACCACUGAAGAACCCUUGCCAGCCCACUCGCCACCUCAUCUUGCUUCUCCUUGCGUCCACCGCCACCUUCUCCGCCGCUGUUUCCACCCGCUCCCACUCCUCCGUCUGCCCCGCUCCCGCACCCGCUCCCGACCGCCACACCGACGCCGACGACGCCCUUUCGCUCGCCCGCUCCUACUCCUCCGUCUGCCCCACUCCGGCGCCCGCUCCCGACCGCCACACCGACGCCGACGACGCCCUUUCGCUAGCCCGCUCCUUCCAGAUAUACGACGGCUACUUCUCCGGAGGCGAGGGCAGCCUCUUCUCCCCCGACGAUCACCUCCACGGCAGCUACCGCUCGUUUUCCCUCUUCCCCGACCGCGCCGUCCGCACCACCGACCCGGCUCUCGUCCACCUCACCGCCACCCUCACCCUCGCCGGGCCCCGCUUCGGAGAGUACCACCGGCGCCAUGGAAACCGCGGUAACUACACCGUCCCCGCGUACAUCUUUUUCGUCCUCGACGGUUACUACUCCUCCGCCUCUCUCCAGCUCUGCAUGGUCGGGACGGGCACCGAGCCCGCCGCCGACGGAUCUGUGAAGCGGUACGCGGACGUCGCCCUCCGCCUCCGCGUCCCCGGUCCUUCCAGCCUCGCCGAUCCCUUCGUGAACGGCAGUCUAGAUGGCUCCGCCGGCUUCGGGGCCAUCCAGCUGCUCGCGUACGCCGAAGGCGACGACUACGAGUACGGCGAGCGCGCCACCUGCAGCCCACCGGUGCAGCCGGCCAGGGGCUCGCCCCGGGAGCUCGACGGCGGCAGCUUCGUGUGCGACGACCUGAAAGAGCGGCUCGUGACCACGUACAGGCUGCAGGAUCACCACAGCGGCUCCCCGGCCAAGCUUCCGCGGAUGCACGUCAACCGGAUGCAGUGCACGCCGGACGGCGCCGUGCGCGCGUACGUGGUGUUCUCCGACGACACCGGGGACGCGGGGCGUCGGUCUGAAUUCCUGGUGGACGAGGAGGCGGUCGUGGCCGACGGGCACUGGGACUCGGCCCGGGACAUGCUCUGCCUCAGAGCAUGCCGGGUGGUGCGCUCCGUGCCGAUGCCGUCAACUCUGGCGGUGCGGGAGUGCGGGAUCGAGCUGAGCUUCUGGCUCCCGUCCGAGUGGACGAUCUUCGAGCGGAGCGUCGUGGCCGGCGCGCUCUGGAACCCGGCUCAUGGGAGGACCGGCGGCGUGAUGUCGGCCUUCAGCAUCCACGACCACAGAAGAAACCUCUCGGACGUGCGGUACACCUACAACCACACGAUGCUCGACGUGGCCAAGGAGCAUGACCUGAAGAUCAACAAGGAGAAGAUCAGAGGAUCGUUCCCGGUCCCGGGCAACUCUGCUUACCAUGACUUCAAGCUCCAUUUCUUCGUGGCCAACAGCCCGAGGCGGGGCGAGGCUCACCCGGUCGCCAUUGGUUCGGUGAUGGUAAACGAGGAUGGGUGGUCCGCCGACGAUUCCCUCCCCGGAUCUGCGGCGGGUGACACGGAGCACGAUCUGCUGAGAAUCAGCUACGAUAUACACUGGUAUGCUCCACCGGACAACGAGUGGCUGCGCCCAACCAAGAAUGUGUCCUACUACCAUAGGCCAGAGGAAGAACGGCGAAUCUCGACCUCGGCAGAGGGUGUGUAUGAUCCCAGGAGGGGCAUCCUGAGCAUGGCCGGCUGUCAACGGCGCAACGGCUCGACGGACUGCCGGAUACUGAUCACCGUGCAGCUUGCCUCCCUCGAGGGGCUCGGGGGCGGCGGAGCGAUCAGCAGCCUCAGGGACAGGUCCGACCGUCUCUUCUUCGAGACGAUGAACAUCACCUUGUACGGGAUGUACACGGAGCAAGUGUCCGAGGCGGUGUCGAGGAUGGACCUGGAGAGCGUCGCGCUCGUAGCCUCCACGACGCUGUCGUGCGUCUUCGCCGCCCUGCAGAUCCUGCACGCCAGGAAGAGCCCCGGGGCGGCCGCGGCGACGUCGAUCACCAUGCUCGCCGUCCUCGCCCUGGGGCACCUCGCCCCUCUGGCGCUCAGCUUCGAGGUCAUCUUCAUGAGCAGGAGGAGCCAGUACUCUCUUGGCUCGACGAGCGGGUGGCUCGAGCUGAACCAGGUGAUGAUGAGUGUGCCUGCGCUGGUCGUCUUCGUGCUGCAUCUCCGCCUUCUUCAGCUGGCGCUGGUCGGCCGGCUGAGACCGGCCGCCGGUCGGAGCGAACCCGCGACGACGUCCGUCUCGGAGAGGGCCGUGUUCAAGGUAUGCCUGCCGCUGUACCUGCUCGGAGGAGUCAUCACCGCGACCGUCCACGCGAUCAGUGUCCGCGGCGGCUCGCCGGCCGGUAGCGUCGGUGGAGAGGCGGCCACGCUCCGGGACGGCAUCGUGUCGUACGCGGGGCUGAUGCUGGACGGCUUCCUGCUCCCUCAGGUCAUCCUGAACGCGUCCUUGUUGGGCUCCAGAGUCCGAGCGAUUUCGCCGUGGUUUUACAUGGGCGGCACCAUGAUCCGGGUGGCGCCUCACGUGUAUGAUGUGGUCAGGAGGCAGGUCUACGUGCCGAGCAUGAGCCCCUCUGACAUCUACGCGAGUCCUCGCGGCGACCUCUUUGGUGUCGCGUGGGAUGUGGUUGUAUUGUGCGGAGCAGCGUUGCUGGCGGCGCUCUUGUUCUUCCAGCAACGGCUUGGAGCCGGCGCCUUGUCGCUUCCUUGGCCGAAAAUCCUACACUUACGGAAAGAGUGCUACAUGCUGAUUUCACGGGGAGAUGUGUCCUCCUCUUCACUACGAAUUUACUCCUCCUUGAUUUUAGCUGGCCCCACCCCUCGAUUCUAACUGGGUCAUGUCAGUCCGUAACUCCCCUUCCGUGACAAAUCUCCUGUAGAUGUAGCAAAGCUCCUUCCUUGGCAGAGGAGGAGAUCAAGUGGGUAUGAGAUGGUCGAACCAUGCUACACUUACGGAUAGGAAUUACAGACUGAAGCUUACGGGAUGAAGUGGCAACACUUAAUUAGGGAUUAUAGGGGCCCACCCCCUGCAAUUCAGGGGAAGAGAUUAACAAGCAGCGGGCACGUUUGUCUGUAAGUAAAUUUCCGUAGCUCCUGUCCGUUGUGGCAAUUUUGUGAGAUGGUCUCCCGCAUGUAACUUAAAUAGUACUCUCUCCUUUUUU